AUGGCUAUCACGAUCAGACUGGCGACAAUAGAAGAUAUUCAGGCUAUGCAGAAUGCUAAUCUGACCAAUCUGCCCGAAAACUACACCCUCAAAUAUUACAUGUACCAUAUUUUGUCCUGGCCCCAGUUAUCGUUUGUAGCUACCACUACGGGGAAUGAUCUAGUCUUAGACCCAACGGAAGAGUAUUCCCCAGAUCCCAAACAAGAUCCCCAAUAUGUGAACAAAGACGAAAAAAUUGUUGGAUAUGUGCUUGGAAAGUUAGAUGAUGAUCCAGACAAGCCUCCUACCCCUAUUACUGGCCAUGUGACGUCUCUAGCAGUAAUGAGAACUUAUCGUCGUAUGGGAAUUGCUGGAAAAUUGAUGAAACAGUGUUUGUAUGCUCUUGCAGAAAACUUUAAGGCUGAUAGAGUGUCUCUACAUGUCAGAAAGUCGAAUAGAGCAGCCCUCCAUUUGUAUCGUGACUCUUUGAAGUUUGAGGUCUUGAGUAUUGAGAAAAGUUAUUACAACGAUAAAGAAGAUGCAUAUUAUAUGAAGAAAGAUCUAGUAUUAGAGGAUCUUGUUCCUACAAAAGAUUAUGAAUAUCAGGAUGAUUUAGAGAGUGAUUUAAUAUAA